GGCUUUACUUCUUCCUCAUCUUCCAACACAUUCAACGAUUUCCUACUCAUCAGUUUCUUGAUUACAAAUGGCUCCCACAACUGAGUACAAGCCUUUUUCUGUGACUCAUUUCAUUGAGGCUGAGCUGAAAUAUUCUUUCAGAUGAUACUGGAUUGACCUGAGAAACUCGGUGAUAGAUGUCGCCUAACCGAGCGAGACCCCGGCACCGAGAACAGCGAUAUUUAACGGUUCUUCCCAGCAACCCACCAUCAUUGUCAUCGCCAUCACCAAAGUCAUCAUCCAUAUCAUGGCUUCAACGUUCAAGAUCUCCGUUCCAGAAGAUUCUAUCUCUUCCCUCAAACAAAAACUCGAGUUAACUCGAUUACCUGACGAACUCGACGAAGCAGGAUGGGAUUAUGGUGUACCGUUGUCGGAUAUCCGACGAUUGGUCGCUAGAUGGAAGGAUGGUUACGAUUGGAGGAAGUAUGAGAAGGAACUGAACGAUGAGCUGCCGCAGUUCACGAGGGAUAUUGAGGUGGAGGGACAUGGUGCUUUGAAUGUGCAUUAUGUCCACAAGGAGAGUCGGGCGAAGGGUGCUAUUCCGUUGUUGUUCGUUCAUGGAUGGCCAGGAAGCUUCAUCGAGGUCAGGAAGGUUCUACCUCUCCUCACAGCCGUAGACGAUGGACAACCAAGUUUCCAUGUUGUUGCGUUGGGCUUGCCUGGUUACGGAUUUUCAGAGGGCGCGAAGAAGAAAGGGUUCGGUUUGGCGAAAUAUGCCGAGGUCGGACAUAAACUCAUGUUGGCUUUGGGUUACAACGAGUACGUUACUCAGGGAGGGGAUUGGGGAGCUAUCAUCACCCAUGUUAUGGCAGCGAAUUACGGAGGCUCGCACAUCCAAGCAUUCCACUCCAACAUGCCUAUCGCUCGACCUCCCGCUGACGUCGACCCAUCGAACUAUUCGCCCGUAGAACUUGCUAGACUGGAAAGAGCAAAGUGGUUCCAAACAAAAGGAAGAGGAUAUUUCAUCGAACAGUCGACGCAACCCCAGACUCUCGGGUACAGUUUGAGCGAUUCGCCGGUGGGACUCUUAGCGUGGAUAUACGAAAAGCUGGUUAACUGGUCAGAUGGGUACAAAUGGCAGGAUGAUGAGAUCCUCACUUGGAUCUCCAUAUACUGGUUUUCCCGCGCAGGACCUGCAGCUUCCGUUCGUAUCUAUUACGAAUCUGAGCAAGCAGGAGCUUUCUCACAGGGGCUGCCAAAAACGACCAUUCCUUAUGGUGUAUCCUACUUCCCGAAGGAGAUGGCUCCCGGUCCGCUUUCUUGGCUCACGGACCGAAACGUCGUCUUCCACGCAUACCAUGACAAGGGCGGUCACUUUGCUGCACAUGAAGUUCCAGAAUUGCUUGUUGGUGAUAUGAGAAAGAUGUUUGGGAAAGGUGGGCCAGCUUAUGGGGUUGUGAAAGGAAAGGAUGGGUGCGCUUAGAAUGCGGUUGAGCAUUAAUAUCUGAGGGGCCGUUGACCAUUAGCCAGUUUCAAGUACAAGAAUAGAAAAUCACUAACAAGAUGUACUCAGUGCAAUGUACGCGUUCGUACCAAUUGAAAAUCGUGGG